GCUCACGGGUCCGGAUGUGGGGGAGGUGGGAAACGGGAAGCAGGGACCGAGAGGAGAAGCAGUGUGUAUAAUGAGCCCGCUGCUGCAGCGCUGCUCGCUCGGCUGCCUGGUGACAGUUUUCGGCUCAUUUUCCGCUUCUCGAAACAAACUCGUCACACAAGCAGCAGCAGCAGCGACGCCUCAUCUGUAUUACUUGAGAAAAACGAUGCACUAUCAAACGGAGCAGAGAGGACACCCCCAUUCUCCCGACUACCGGAUUUAUUUUAAAACAUCCCAAGGAAAAUACAUUUCACCAUUCCAUGACAUUCCACUUGUAGUGGAGACAGAGCAGGGCAAUGACGUGCCAGCUAAAAAACCCAAGAAGAAUGAGAGUGAGGUGCUCUUUAACAUGGUUGUGGAGGUACCUCGAUGGUCAAAUGCUAAAAUGGAGAUUGCAACAAAGGAACCGCUGAACCCGAUCAAACAAGACGUAAAGAAAGGAAAGCUCCGGUAUGUUGCCAACAUAUUUCCCCAUAAAGGUUACAUUUGGAAUUAUGGGGCACUCCCACAGACAUGGGAGGACCCAGACCACACAGACAAAGAGACAGAGUGUUGCGGUGAUAAUGAUCCUAUUGACGUCUGUGAGAUCGGCACCCAGGUGUGCCUUCCAGGUCAGGUGAUCCAAGUGAAAGUGCUUGGAAUCUUGGCCAUGAUUGAUGAAGGGGAAAUGGACUGGAAGGUCAUUGCCAUCAAUGCUGAGGAUCCAGAUGCCAAAAAUCUGAAUAACAUAGAGGACGUCCGCAAGAGCAGGCCUGGUCAUUUAGAGGCCACGGUCGACUGGUUUAGGAAAUAUAAGGUGCCUGAUGGAAAGCCUGAGAACCGGUUUGGAUUCAAUGGACAAUUCAAAGACAAGGACUUUGCUGUUGAGAUCAUUAAGUCCACCCAUGAGCACUGGAGGGCACUAGUGCAGAAGCAGACAAAUAGUGGGGAGAUCGCAUGCAAAAAUAUCUCCUGCUGCGAGAGCCCUUUCAAAUGCAGUGCAGAUGAGGCCAGAGACGUGGUCAAUUCGGCCCCAGCAUUUGGCAGUGCACAUCCUGUGUCUCCAGAAGUGGAUAAGUGGCAUUUUGUCUGACAGUAUAUGGAGACCAACAAUAUGCCUUAACAUCACAUGAAGAAACUGCAUCUUUUGUAUGAUGCUGGAUUUAUUUUUGGUAAGAACUCAUUCUCAGAUGUAUAAAGUGACAUCUACGUUUACCAUCCAAUAAUUUGUUGAAAAAAAGAAACCGUUAAUAGCCAUACACUGAAAAUAUGAGCUGGUGAAAAACCAGAGUGUACUUUCAUAAUGCUGAGUAAAGAACCAGAAUUGAGAUGUCUUUUUCUGUGCCAUGUUGGACUCCAGAUCGAUUUAUUGUUGGCAACACCAAUUCUAAUGUAGAUGUUAAUCACAAAAAUAAUUGGUCUCCUUUCUAUUGAAUUGUAAAUGAUGUUGUAUGUGUACUGCAGUAUUUUUGUGUCCAACCUUGUAUAAGACUGAAAGUUCUGAUAAUAUGCUCUAAGUUGUUUUUUAGACUGUAAUCAGUUUUGUGAUUGUAACCACAAACACAACGCAAUUUGGAUGUAACAAGUAAAAAAUACCUGGGUUAAUUAAAAAACUUAAGGCUUGAACAUGA